AGCAGAAGCUGCACGCGCCGCUAUGUCUAUGUGAGAGAGAGUUAAUCGGAGCAGCAGAGAGACAGCCGGACAGUCCGAGCAGCUCUGCUACGUAUCAGCAGUGUGUGUGAUGCGUUUCUCCGGCACCAUGCGGCUCCGCAUCGGUGAGGCGGUGCACCUGCAGCCCACCUGCACCGCCACGCGCCACGCUGCGCUCUUCGGUAAAGUGGCUCAGUCGCUGGACCCCUACAUCGUAGUGAAGGUGGACGAGUACCGCGUGGGCCAGACGCGCACCAAGCACCGCACAAACUCCCCCACGUACAACGAGGAGUUCAGCGCGGGCGUGACCACCGGCACCACGCUGGAGCUCGCCGUGUUCCACGACGCUCCUAUAGGAUACGACCAAUUUAUAGCAAACUGCACCAUACGCUUCCAGGACCUGAUGGAGACCACCAGCACCGAAGAGACCUUUGAGGGAUGGGUUGACCUGGAGCCAGAGGGCAAAGUGUACAUUGUGAUCACUCUGAACGGAUCUUUCGCUGACGACGACACUGCAGUGACCCCUCAUCAGUAUAAACAGCUAACGAGGAAACGGCAGCAGGCCGUCCGCCGCAGGGUCCAUCAGGUCAACGGGCACAAGUUCAUGUCCACUUUCCUCAAACAGCCCACCUUCUGCUUCCACUGCAAAGACUUCAUAUGGGGUGUGUUUGGAAAACAAGGCUACCAGUGUCAGGUUUGCACCUGUGUUGUCCACAAACGAUGCCAUCAGCUGGUUGUAACCGAGUGUCCACGCAUGAAGAAGCCUGCCAAAGAACAGACAACCAAUCAGGGUUUCAGUAUAAAUGUUCCUCACAAGUUCAAUGUCCACAACUACAAGGUUCCUACUUUCUGUGACCACUGUGGCUCCUUACUGUGGGGGAUUGUGAAACAGGGGCUGCACUGCAAGAUUUGUAAGAUGAAUGUUCAUAUACGCUGUAAGGGGAAUGUAGCGCCGAACUGCGGAGUGAACAACGUGGAACUGGCCAAUAAACUGGCAGAAAUGGGCCUGCAGCCCGGAGGGAUGUCCAAACGCAACUCGCUGACUCCAGCAGCUCUGGAAGCGCACUCGCGCAAUAUGAGCGUGAAGAGAGAAUCUGAAGCUUCAAACAAAGAGCGGGGCCGGAUUCUGGGCAUGGAGGACUUCACCUUCCUGCAGGUCCUCGGCAAAGGCAGCUUCGGGAAGGUGAUGCUGGCGCGUCUGAACAGCUCUGAUCAAGUUUUCGCCAUAAAAGUGCUGAAAAAGGACAUCAUUCUGCAGGACGAUGAUGUGGAGUGCACAAUGACAGAAAAACGAGUGCUGUCCCUCGCUUGCUCUCAUCCGUACCUCACAAAGCUCUACUGCUGCUUCCAGAACCCGGAGCGAUUGUUUUUUGUGAUGGAGUUUGUGAAUGGUGGAGAUUUGAUGUUCCACAUUCAGAAAUCCAGAAAGUUUGAAGAGAACAGAGCGAGAUUCUACACUGCGGAAAUAACGUCUGCUCUCAUCUUCCUGCACAGCAAAGGCAUCAUAUACAGGGAUCUGAAGCUGGAUAACGUGCUACUGGAUAAGGACGGUCACUGUAAGCUGGCCGACUUCGGCAUGUGUAAGGAGGGAAUAUUUGAGGGCGCUGCUACCGGAACGUUCUGCGGAACUCCAGAUUACAUCGCUCCUGAGAUCCUGCAGGAGAUGCUGUACGGGCCGUCGGUUGAUUGGUGGGCUCUGGGCGUGCUCCUUUACGAGAUGCUGUCAGGCCACGCCCCCUUUGAGGCAGAGAACGAGGACGACUUGUUUGAGUGCAUCCUGAACGAGGAGAUCAUCUAUGCCUCCUGGCUCAGCGCCAACGCUGUGGACAUCCUGAAAGCUUUCCUGACGAAGAACCCCUCUCGUCGUUUGGGCUGCGUGCCGAUGGACGGCGGGGAAAAUGCCAUCACCAGCCACGCCUUCUUCAGCACCAUCGACUGGGAUAAGCUGAACAAGCGGGAGCUGGAGCCGCCCUUUAAACCUCGGAUCAAAACACCGGAAGACGUCAACAACUUUGACCCGGACUUCACGCAGGAAGAUGCCAUCCUUACGCCCAUCGAAGACCCCUUAAUCCCGUCCAUCAACCAGGAUGAGUUCCGCAACUUUUCUUUCACUUCUCAGGAGCUGCUGCAGUAUUGCCCACCUUAGACCACCAGAGGGCGCUGUAAAGGAAAAUACACAGCCGUAAACUGUCAUAGAGGGCCGACGGCAUCGAGGCAGUUGAAUUUAAUAUCACAGUGGAAGUUAUGGAAAGUUACAUUGGAGCCAGAAGAGUAUUCGGUUGCAUCAAAAUGAGCUAAAGCUAUCAUGACUUAGCUAAAGCUAGUGCUGUGGAUGAGAGUUUGUGCUGCGCUGACAGAGGUUAUGAUGGGAUUUCUUGUCAUUUCUCACUGGAAACUGCAAUAAAAUGAACUGUGUUGCAGUUUUGCAUCUGAAGAGGUCAAACUGCUCCCGGAUUUAUGUCACAUCAGAAGUGUGGUUUCAUCUGUUUUGGUUUUAACGCAAGUUUCUGUUUGAUGAAUUUUUAUUGCAGCUGUUUUUUAAUGUCGCCUUGGAAGUGCCUUUAAUCGUGCAGGAUGAUGCGUGUUUUAAGCAAUAAUGCUUUUAAUGAAAUGUUACGGACUCCAUUUCUGGCUGACUUUCUUGCUUGGACAGAUACAGUUCAGGCAUUUCCUUCCUGUGACUGAAAUAAUUGGGAAAUAACAGGGCAGGACUUAAUGUGUGGUGAAAGCAGCCAGUCAGACUCACUCCAGACUGAAACUGCAGCAGAUGUUAUUUCGGAACUGAAGACUGCUGGGUUCAUCGAGACCGCUUCCAAAGUCCUUGCGAAGGCACUUAUGCUUCUUGAUUUUUCUGCUUUAACUCUCUGAAUUGUUUCCAGCAAACUGAUGUAACGAAAUAUCAGUGUUUCCAGUGCACUGAACUCCUUGACCUGCAGGUUUGGGGCUAUCUGAGCGGGUAUCAGAGGGGUAUUGGAGAUAUCUUAGAGUAUUAGAGGGCAUUUGGGGCUCUAUGAGGGGGUAUUAUAGGUGUACUGGGGUUAUCAGAGCGGUAUAGGGGUGUAUCAAAGGGGUAUUGGGGGUGUCUGGGGGUAUCAAAGAGAUAUUUUACCUUCGUGAGGGGAUUUCAGAGGGUUAUUUGGGGGUAUCAGAGGGGUAUUAGGGCUCUAUGAAGGGGUAUCGUGUACUGGGGGUAUCAGAGGUAUAAGGGUUAUUGAUGGGGGGGUGUCUGGGGGUUGUCCGAGGGAUAUUUUGCAUAUGUGAGGGGUUUUCAGAGGGGCAUUUGGGUGUAUUGUGUUUUGGGGGUAUCAGAGAGGGUAUCAGAGGGGUAUUAGAGGGGGUAUUACUGGGGUAUCAGUGUCAUAGGGAGUAUCAAAAAGGGUAUGAGAGGGCUGAACAGUAUAGACAAAAUAUGUGGCAUAAUUUAAGAUCAGAAUUAUUUUGACUAAAAUAAUUUUCAUUUAUCAGGACUUAAACUGUUCACACGGUGAAAAAACACUGAACAGUGAUUGCUGAGGGGGCUCAUUUGCAUAUUACAGCCUUCUGCGAUAUCACUAUUGCUAAGGUCAAUAUUGUGAUAAUGAUUAGCAAAUGAGAUAUUGUGCAGCUCCAUUAUGGUGGGUUUAGGGGGGAACAAGCACUUAAGGGUUGGUUACACUUGUUCUGGUACAUUUAACAUUGUUGUAGCGUGAUGUAAGUUAAAAAUGUAUUUCUGUCCUACUUCUCAGGUUUAUGGUUUGUUUAUUAAAUCUUUCAUUUUUACAUU